AUGGUUUAUUACUAUACAUCAACUAAUAUCAAAGUAUUACGAAAUAUUAUAAUUGAUUUUGAAGCUUCCAAGGAAUUAUCACCACAAGAAUAUAUGAAAAUGUACAUCGAAAAAUGUCCAGACUCAAUAGAUGAUUCAAAAAUUUCCUGGAUAGUAGAAAAUUUUCUAAGUUUUCAAAAACACGGCCCUUUCCUAAGAGAUAUGGUAUCCCACUUAACUGAAGAGCUGUCUGAAGAGGAUUGUGAUUAUUUUAUGAUUCAACUGAAUGCGGUAAUUUUUCAUCUCACUCCCUCGGACAUGCACCUUCUAUAUAAAUGCUUUUUCAACUUAAGUAAGUCACUGUUAAACAUUUUCACGGCGUUUUUGAGUAAUAAUGAAGUAUUAACGUUUAUAUCGCAGAUUGCACAAACUCAUUAUGACAUAAACUUUAUAAGUGAAAGAAUAAUAAAUCCUUUAUUUACUUGGCAACCUUACAUAAGUGAAAUGGGUCAUAAUUAUGCACAAUAUGUAAAAAAAAUUGAAAGUAGAAAAAUAAAGUUACCGACGAUACCCAUUCAACCAAAUGUGCUUAAUAGAAAGGGUAAAGAAGACCACUGUAGAAAAGAAGUCCACUCUGGUGAAGUUGACCACUCUAGAAAACCAACAAUUCCCGAAACUCCACCUAACUCUUUGAACCAGAAAGGAAAAAAGAUGUUAACAAAAAGCGUUAUUGACGAAAAGCUUAAAGAAAUCCAUGAAAAUAAUAAACAAAAAGGUUUAGAUUUACUUAAAGAAAUUAAGGCAAAAGAUUACCACUUUGCUCAAGGAAAGUCAGAUCAAUAUUAUAAAAAAAUUACAAAUAUCAGAGACGAAAUUGAAAAUAAAUCUCUUAGGACAGUUCCAAAAGAAAAACAAAGACUUUUAAAUUGUACCACUCAACCGAUCGUAAAAGAUACCGCAACUACAGUUAGAAGGCUGAAUAAAAGGAUAGAAAUAUCAGAAAAAGAAGAAGUUCAGUGGUUACAAAAUUUACUAACAAGUUGCCGGGAUACUUUAAAGAUUGAAGAAAUUGAAGAACAUGAUCGGCAAGAAAAGGAAAGAAAAAGAUUACUCGAUAUUAAAAAAAAACAUUUAUUAGGACAAAUAUCUUAUGAAGAAGCUGUUAUUGCUAAAAAAAAACUUCAUGAUGAUAAUAAAAAAAAACAUGAAAUGUUUUUGAAAGAAAAGCAUUCAUGGGAAGAAGAGAUUGAAAGAUGGAAGAAAGAAGAAAUGGAAAAAAACAGGAAACAAGUAGAAAAAUUGUCGUUAAUUGAAUUGGAAAUGCUUCAUGCUAAGCACAAUGUUACUAUGAAAAAGAAAGAAAUUGCUGAUAAAAAAAGAAAAGAGUCUGAAGAAUUGCUGUCAAGAGCUAUGAAAGAAAAACAAGAAAAUUUAGACCGUAGAAUAAAAAUGAUAAAAGAAAUUAAAAUCCUUGCAUUGAUUGCUAAAAAAGCUAAAGUUCCAAAAAUUAUUGAUUUAACAGAAUCAUCUGGACUAGGGUUCCUUUGUGAGAUGUCAAUGGCUGAAUUACAAGAAAGAUUAGGUUUUUUAAAAGUCGGACUUAAAGAAGAGCUAGAAAAAAAGAAGACACAUAUAAAACAAAGAAAGGAAGCUGCUAAGCGUGAACUAGAAGAAACUAAAAAAUCUAAUAAAAACUUUAUAGUGGAACGUGCAAGUCUGAAACAACUACAAAAGAAAAAGUGUAUAAGUAAUCCUCGUGAAAUAUCUGCAUCGAAGGAAAUACUCGAAUUGAAAAAGGUUUUAGAGGAAAAACGAAAGCUACGAAUCAUGCUUACUAGAUAG